GCUGACAUGCAUUAUACAUUGCAAAUAAGAUAGUGAAAGCAGGAAAUGUCACGUCAAGAGGAAUCAUUCAUUAUGUUGUGUUUAAAACUAAACACAGACUUCUUUUGUUUGAAGCGUUUAUAUAACUGCCAUGCUCUCUCCCUUUUACAGUUUCAGAAGAAAAUAAACACCACCUACAUCAUCCCCUACCCAAGACCUGCCAUUGUAACUCAACCUGUUGACAUACAUUACAACUUCUGCAAGUUAAAACCACUGUCCCCUGAGGAGACUCUUGAAGAACAACUUCUGCUAGAGUCCAUUGCUUGGCCUGAAACCCCAUCUUUACCAUCACCUCUUUUUAUGAAUAGCAGCAGUGAUCCAGCCCACAGCACCUUCACCAUUCUCCCCAGGAAGAGAGAGGGACAGUGGCAAAUAGGGGAUAACCUGGAGGCCCUGAUCAAAAUAUAUGACUUCAUGGGCCGUCCAAAGAAGUAUGGGGGAGACGUCUUACUUGCCCAGCUGCACAACCCCACCCUUGGUGCUGGUGUUGCAGGACAAGUGGUGGAUCAUCUCAAUGGUUCCUACUCUGCUGUAUUCUCUUUACUCUGGGAAGGAAGCGCACAGGUUGAGGUGACACUGGUUCAUCCCAGUGAGGCAGUCACAGAGCUGCGCAGGGUGAACAUAGAAGAACCCGACAGGAUCUACUUCAAGAGUCAGUUCCGCUCGAGCUUGCUCACUAGAACAACCACCUGCAACGUAUGUUUACGUCCAACCCAGCCUGUGUGCAACUACACAGAUUUACGUACAGGUGAGCCAUGGUUCUGCUAUAAGCCAGAAAAUAUGAGUUGUGACACCAGGAUCACCAACUACAAUGGAGGAUAUAAAGAAAGCCUGACAACCAUGGAGAAGCUUUUUCAGAGCGGCGUAAACAUGAAAGUCUCCAUUCCAGCUUCAGGACCUGCCAAUGUCACUGUUUUUCCAAAGCAGAAAGGUAAAAAUACAAAUCUUACUGCUAACAUCUAUACCUUAAUCUCCAUCUCUAUAUCUUCCCUGGCCUCGCUGUGGGGAUGGUUUUCACUCUGUGUCGUAGUGCGAUGACACACAGUUUGUGCUCCAAUGGUCAAACUUUAAAUACGUAUCUGUAUGCGUUAGUUUAUGGUACACAUCAACUUUUAAAUGUCCCUCAUUACUCGUGGAAGCCUCACAAGAAGGCUAACCUGCCACCUUUUUACUUGGUGAACAUGAUGUAUUGUUCCACCGAGUAAAUGUGAUCAGUGAAUCAUGGUAAGUCCUGAGAGUUGAUUUUCACCAACAUACCUGAACGAGGCAGCAUGGUGGUGCAAUGAUUAGCAAGAAGGUAAAAAGGUCCUGAGUUCGAUUCCAACACAUGGCUGUGGCCUUUCUGUCUGGACUUUGCAUGUUCUCCCCGUGUUUGCAUUGGUUCUUUCCGGGUACUGCGGCUUCCGACCACAGUCCAAAGACAUGCAGUAUGUAGGGUUCAGUUAAUUGGUCAUUCUAAAUUGCCCAUAAUAGUGAAUGUGUGUGUGAAUCUGGGUGCAAAUGGUUGUUCGUCUCCAUGUGUUAGCCCUGUGACAGACUGGCGACAAGUCGAGGGUAUACCCUGCCUCUCGACCUAACUGGAAUAGGCUCCAGCCCCCCCAGGACCCUGAAAAGAAUAAGCAGGAGAGAACAGAUGGAUACCUGAACCAAUGAUUUUAUGGUGUUCCAGUGUAGGACAGCAGAGCUCACUUUCUCACUCACCAUUAACAAAUUGACUGCAAUGGGUGAAAUUGGGGAAGCCAUCGUGCACCCAUAAUUCUCCUUGUAGUAUUGACCGUCGUAUGUGAAAUAGGUGUAAUUCAGACACAGUUCUCAAAGCAAACACACUUGGUCAGUGCUGAGAGUGGUCCUAUUACUAAGGUGGGGUCGUCCUGUAAUCUCUUACGAAAUACCUCCACUGCUUUAGUGACUGGAACACAAAUGAAGCGAGAUGUAAAAUUUUACGAGACCAUGGUUUUAUCUGCCUCCAUAAUGUCAUCUCUCACCUUCCUAAGAAAAUCCAAAGUGUUCUGGAUGAGGUGUUCAGAGCUGCCAACGAACGGGUUGAGGAUCGAAGCCAGAAACCUG